AAAUUGUCAAAAGAUCCUAAUGAUAUAUCUAUAUUAGAAUCAACUUCUCAACAAUUGUAUACUCUUGAUACUAUUUGGAAUCUGUCAGAAGAACCUGAUAAUGAUCUAUUGGUAAAUAGCAUCAAAGUUUUAAAAUAUGAAAUAUCAACAGGAAUAAAUCACAAUUUUUAA